AUGUCAUUUAAUGAAAGGUCAGAAAAAAAAGAAAGUGAAGAAAAAGAAGAUAUAAUCAAUGAAAAUUUACAAGAAGAAGAGGUAUAUCAAUUAUUAAUUGAAAACAUGAAAUCUAUAGACAUAAAUGGAAUUGAACAAGAAGAAACAAUUAGUUCUCAAACACCUAAAGAAGCAAUUUACUCACUUUUUUAUGAAGGAAUGAAUAUUGAGUAUUCAAAAGCUGAAUAUUAUUUUAAUUUGACUGAUUGGUAUAUAGGAUAUUUGAUUCAACUAUAUAAAAAUGGGGAUAAGUCAAUUGAAAAUGAAUUACCAGUUAUUAUCUCAUUUUCUAUACAAAGAAUUUCUGAUGUAUUUAAAGAGGAAAGUAUAUUAGGAUUAUUAAUGAAAUGGGUUGAUAUUGAGCUUCAAGUAUUUAAAAGAUUUAAUGAAGGCAUAAAAAUUAUUGAACAAGUUGUUUCAAUUGCUGGAUUUAAUAUUACCAAUUGGAUGAAAUAUAUUGAAGUACUAAGACUUAAAGGAGAUUUUGAAAAAAGUAUUCAUGAAAGUAAUGUUGAGAAGAAUGACAUUGAGAGAGAAGUAAUUGAAAAAACAAGAAAAAUAAUAAAUAGAAUGAUUCAUGUAAUGAAAGGAGCUGAUAGAGAAAGUUCAAUGGCAGCAUGUGAUUAUGGUAUUUGUUUUGAGCAAAUUCAUGGAAAUAGUAUAAGUGUAGAAAAUAUGAUAAAGAAGAGAAGAGAAGUAAUUAAUAUUAUUGAAAAUAAAGAGAAAAAAGCACAAAAGCAAGAAGAGUUUACAAAGAAAAAAAAGAAAUAUGAAAAAGAUAUCAAACGAAUAAAUGAUAAAACAAAGAAAGCAACAAGAGUAAGUGAAGACAAAAUUCGAAGUGUUCCAAGAAGGGGCAGAAUUGGAUUUUCUUUGAAGUAA